AUGCAGUCCUAUCUCCAGUAUCGUCGCAUCGGCCGAGCCGUGCGCAAGCAGUUUGCUGAUCAUCCGGAAUGGGGCCAGAGGGUACAAGGCGAAAGCACAGAUCCCAGCGGCAACACCAGCGAAAAUGACGAGACAGUCUGGGAGAAGAGAUCUGAAUCGCGGCCACUGGCGCUGCCCCCAGGCGUACAACGUCGAGACAUUACAGACAGCAGCGGGACGCCCUCGUCAGUCUUCCUGGUAAGCUGGGAGCAGGACCAGGAUCCCAUGAAUCCACGCAACUAUAGCAUGACAGCGCGAAUCACGGCCACCCUGAUCGUCUCCGCCCUCGCCUUCGCAGUCGGCGCCGCAUCAUCAAUCGAAUCCGCCGUGAUCCCUCAAAACGCCGCGGCCUUCAACGUCAGCGAGGUGGUCGCCUCCCUCGCAACAGGACUCUACCUUUUGGGCUUCGCCGCCGGCUCCCUGGUCUCAGGACCCUUAUCCGAAAUCCUCGGCCGCAACGCCGUCUACAUCGGCUCCCUCACCCUCUUCAUGAUCUUCAUCAUGGCCAGCGGCCUGGCCCCUAACAUCGGCGCCCAGCUCGCCUUCCGCUUCCUCGCCGGCGUCUUCGGCUGCCCACCCCUCACCUGCGCCGGCGGCACCAUCGCCGACCUCUGGAACCCGCUCGAAAAAACCCUCACCUUCCCCCUAUACGCAAUCCUCUCCUUCGGCGGCCCCGUCUUCGGCCCCGUCAUCGCCUCCUACAUGGGCCAAGGCACGCUCUCCUGGCGCUGGACCAACUGGAUCAUGCUAAUCAUGUCCGGACUCGUCAUGGGCCUCAUCCUCCUCCUCCAACCCGAAACCUACGGGCCCCUCCUCCUAAAAUGGAAAGCCGCCCAUCUGCGCCAAGUCACCGGCGACAAACGAUACCGCUCCGCCAUGGACGUACAGAAAAUCGCCCUCAUCGAACGCAUCCUCGGGGCCUGCAAACGCCAGUUCUCGCUUACGGUUCACGAGCCUAUUAUCUUGCUGAUCUCGUUGUACAUGACGGUUAUUUAUAUCGUCUUGUUUACCUUUUUCGAUGGCUAUCCGUUUAUCUUUCAGGAUGUGUAUGGUCUUAGUCAGGGGUUGACGAAUAUUGUUUGGGUGGCUAUGUAUGUGGGUAUUGCGGCGGCGGGGUUGUGGGUUCCUGUUGUUUAUGGGUGGACUAAGAGGGAGUUUGAGGCUGCUUCUUCUUCUUCUACUACUACUACAUCUGGUACUGGGGUUGUGCCGUGUGUAACGGGGAUAGAUCCAAACGUCAAUGCAGAGGGCGAACAAGGACAACAAGAACAAGAACCAGAAGGAGGUAGAGACGAACAAAAUACCAAAAAUCCCCACCCAGCAAGACCCGAAAACCGCCUCUGGUUCGCCAUGCUCGGCGCCCCAUUCAUUCCUAUCGGAUUAUUCUGGAUGGGCUGGACAGACUACGAAAAAAUCUCAAUCUGGCCCCCCAUCCUCGCCUCCACAAUCUUCGGCUUCGGAACCAUAACCGUCUUCAUCUCCAGCUACAUGUACGUAAUCGACAGCUACGACAUCUACGCCGCCUCCGCAUUAGGAUUCAUGACUGUAUCGCGAUACUGUGCCGCAGGUGGAAUGACGGUCGUCGGGAUCCCCUUUUAUCGGAAUCUGGGCGUGCAGUAUACGCUUACGAUCCUCGCUUGUAUUAGCGUGCUUAUGACGCCUGUUCCGUAUGUUUUUUGGUUUUGGGGGAGUAGGAUUAGGGGGAUGUCGAGGUUUGCUGUUUCGGGGGUUUAG